CUUAAGCGCCUACGAGUAUUUUAAUAGCAAGCAUUUUACUUUGCCCAUGCUAUAAUUGUUUUGUCAGGCGUUUCAUUUUUAUUAUGUUUGUGCAACUACCUCAAUAAUCUCUCUCUUACUUCAUCAUUCGGCCAAGCAAGACGCGUCCAACGCAAGAAAUUGUAAAUAAAAUCAAAAUAAAAGAAAUUACACAAAACAACUGGAUUUAUCUUAAGAUCCCAUUAUGUCUCAAGACAUAAAAUGGUGACCCCGACGUGAUGUCGAAGAAGAAGUCUGGAAUCGAGAUUGACGACGACGGGCAGUGAGGCGACCAAAGUCCACACCGUGCAACGUACUCCGGAUACGAGAUAAGUGUCCUUCCUUUGUUCUUCCUUUUCACUAUUUCAGAUCCAAAUCAUCUAAAAGUCUAAAUAAACAACCGUAUUGCCUCCAAAGUGCAUUAUUUUUCAAUUUUAAAGUUUCUUUGUUCGACGAAAUAUUUUCUCCCGCUAAAUUAUCUACCUACAUAUUACGUAGUUUCUCAAAAACGCAUUUCUUUAAUAUUAUCCCUAUAAUCUCUCUGUUAUUACGUCGUACUUAUCGCAUUUCGCCGACGCUUCCAGGGUUCACACGGCGCGCUAGUACAGCGCGUCGCCGGUUGACCUUGACCGUGUCCCUAUCUAUCAGCGGUGCAGUGCACGCGCAGCCGGCUUCCCGGGUCGGCAGUGCACCAGAUGAGGAGCGUGAGCUUAUAAAUUAUAAUAUUACUGUUUUACUUCAGUUUACUUAAUUUUACCAUUCGCCAUGUCAAAACCCGCCGCUAUGUACGGUGAAUUAAAAGAUUUACUUACUAAAAGAAGUUCUAUUAAAGGGCAAAUUACCAAAUUCAAGAAUUACUUAUCGACUUUUACUGCCCUAGAACAGGUAACCAAUCUCCAGUUGGCGCAGUUAACUUUAACGCUCAUGAAAGCUUAUCGGCGCGUUUUGACGAGUUGCAAAUUGAGAUAGAAUGUUUAAAUGCUGAAAAUAUUGAUGCUGAGAUUGAUGAGCGUGACAAAAUUGAGCAAACCAUCAUAAAUAACAUUGCUAUUGCAAAAACAUUAAUUGAAAGGCAUAAAAAGGUAGAACAGCCUGAAAGGCGUCAGUCAGUAUUUCAGGAAGCUCAGUGUUCUCACGAUCAUCAAGACAUUGGUGUAAAGUUGCCACAAAUACAAAUCUCCAAAUUCGACGGCGCGUAUUUCCGCUGGCUCGAGUUUCAUGACACGUUCGAAAACUUAAUUCAUAAAAACGACCGAAUAAAGUCAAUUCAUAAAUUUCACUAUUUAAUAUCGUAUUUAGAGGGAGAAGCGGGUAGAAUUAUUUCUAACCUCGAAGUAUCGUCCGCGAAUUACGAUAAAGCUUGGGAGUUAUUAUGUGAGCGGUAUAACAAUAAACGAGUGCUAAUUAAUCAUCAUCUCAGCUCACUAUUCAACAUACAACCGCUCACGCGUGAAUCAGAACGAGCUUUACGAUUUUUAGUAGAUCAUGUAACGAAGAAUUUACGUGCCUUAUCCAGCUUAGACCAACCUACGGACAAGUGGGAUACUCUAAUUAUUUUCAUUCUCACAUCUAAAUUGGAUAAUCACACGCUGAUGAAGUGGGAAGAGUCACGUAAUGACUUGAGCAGUAUCCCUACUCUGGCUCACUUUAAUAAAUUUCUAAUUGACCGGGCGGACGUUCUCGAGGCGAUAAAUCGUAAUAAAUACGAAAAUAGUAAUUCAUCGAAAGCUUAUCCACAAAAUCAAAAUUCAUCGCGUUCCUCAUCAGCUAAUAACAAUAAUUAUAAACAACAAUCGAAUAAUAAUUACAAUAAGCAAAACCGAGUUUCAGACACCAAAUCGUUCGCUGCUACAAACCAAACAAAGUCAAAUAAUUAUCUUUGCGUAAUUUGUGACGGAAAUCACAGAAUCUAUGAUUGUUCCACAUUUAAAGCUAAAAGUAUGCAGGAGAGAUUAGCGGACGUUGCAAGGUAUAAGCUAUGCACAAAUUGCCUCAGACAAGGACACCCCACGCAAGAAUGCAAAAUGGGGCCUUGUCGAGAAUGUAAACAAAGGCAUAAUAGUUUACUUCAUAAAUCAGGAUCAACGCUGGAUAGUCAUUCUGCUGUUUGCCAAUCUGAAACUAGCGCCAACUUCACAAAUCAAAAUUGUGAAGUGAUUUUAUCUACAGCGUUGAUUCAGGUAUCUAAUCCACGUACAAGCGAAACAGUGGAGGUCCGCGCGCUGCUAGACUGCGGCAGCCAGUCCUCCUUUAUAACUAAAUCACUAAAGAACAAAUUAUCUCUCAAUUCAAACCCAACAGAUCCGAUCAAAGUAAUCGGCAUCGGAAACAAUUGCACAAACAAUAUCGUCGAAAAUUGUACAGCUAAAGUACAAUCCCUGAAUAGUCCAUUCAAUGUUACUAUGUCAUAUUUCGUGCUAAAAGAAAUAACAAGUAACUUACCUAAAAUGCCCAUCGAUUUACAAAUGCUAAAUUUACCUAAAGAUUUACAGUUGGCUGAUCCUAAAUUUUACCAGCCUGCUCCCGUCGAAAUGCUUAUCGGCGCGGACUUGUUUUGGGACAUCCUAGGCAAUGAGCAACAAAAUCUAGGCCCUAAUUAUCCUAAAUUACAUAAUUCUAAAUUCGGCUGGUUGAUAUCCGGACCUGUAAAAACGCAAAAUAUACACAUUAAUAAAAAUACAAAAAAUAUACAAAAUAACAAAAUUCAUUGCAAUCAUGCUUUAAUUAAUAAUACAUUACAAAAUAACAUGGAAAAUAUACUUACCAAAUUCUGGGAAAUUGAAGAAGUCCCUCAAAAACCAAAAUUAAAUGAAAAUGACAAAAUAUGCGAAAGGCAUUUUAUAAACAAUACUUACCGUCUAAAUACAGGCAGAUUCUGUGUCAGGCUACCGCUCGUGGACAGCCCUGAUUGCCUGGGUGAUACCUAUCACUUGGCUAAAAGACGUUUUCUCAAUUUGGAGAAAAAAUUUAAACGAAAUUCUUCUCUUAAAGUUGAAUAUUCUAAAUUCAUUAAAGAAUACGCCGACUUAGGUCAUCUUUCACAGUCUGAGAACCUAAAGCCACCUGUGUCUUAUUUUUUAUGUCAUCAUGCUGUAUUACGUGAAAAUAGCGAGUCCACGAAACUGCGAGUGGUAUUCGAUGGAUCGGCUCCGUCUUCCUCCGGAUAUUCGCUAAAUGAUAUUUUGAUGGUGGGUCCAAACGUACAGGAUUCUCUUUUUUCCAUUUUGAUAAGGGCAAGGCAAUAUAAAUACCUACUCACUGGAGACAUUGAAAAAAUGUAUCGCCAAGUUGAAGUUCACAAUGAAGACCGUGACUUGCAACUUAUCCUAUGGAGAGAAGAUGAGUCACAACCCAUUCGAACGUUGCGCCUGAAUACUUUAACUUACGGAACAGCAAGUGCAAGUUAUUUGAGCACACGUUGCCUAUGGCAAGUGGGGGAGGAGGCUCAUGAUGAUCUCAUAAAAACGAUUAUUCAAAAGGACCUAUAUGUUGACGAUUUGAUUACCGGUUCAAACGACGAAAACGAGUUACACUAUAUAAAAAAAUCGGUCUCAAAUGAACUGAAAGCUGCAUGCUUAAAUCUCAGAAAAUAUAAAAGUAAUUUACCUUCGCUUAUUCAAGAUAUCGACUUACAAGAUCAAGAAAACUUGACCUUAAGUUCUUCUUCCUGUGCACUCGGGCUUGGCUGGAAUCCGAAAAGUGAUAAUUUACAUUUUCCAUAUAAAGAAAUUCCUUACACUGACAAAAUAACUAAAAGACACAUCAUGUCAAACUCUUUUAAAAUAUUUGACCCUCUCGGGCUUUUAAGUCCUUAUAUAAUUCAGCCUAAAAUAUUGUUGCAAAAAUUAUGGCAGCAAAAGUACGACUGGGACGAACCCAUCUCACAUAACAUAAAAAAGGAAUGGGAAAAUUUCUGUAAAAACAUAACUUACCUUUCCGAUCUAAACAUACCACGGCCAGUUCUCUGUGACUUACCAAAACAAAUCGAAAUACAUACCUUCAGUGAUGCAUCCCAAUCGGCGUAUGGCGCGUGCAUUUAUAUGAGAUCCGUAAACUCCAAUGAUGACGUCACUGUGAAAUUGUUAUGCGCUAAGUCAAAGGUAGCACCAAUAAAGCAACAAACUAUUCCUCGUUUAGAGCUGUGCGCUGCCCUGCUGUCCGCUAGGCUGUGCAGGGCCGUUACUGAAUCGCUACGGUACAAACCGUCGCGUAUCGUACACUGGUGCGAUUCGAGCAUAGUUCUAGCGUGGAUGAAGAGUGACAAUAGCAAACUAAAAACUUUUGCUGCUAAUCGCAUCACUGAAAUUCUGGAAUUGACUCAAGCAUCAUCAUGGCGAUAUGUCCCCACAGCAUCGAAUCCAGCAGAUCUAAUUUCUAGAGGUGUAGACGCCAGCCGCUUGGUGCGUCUAGAUCUAUGGUGGUCUGGGCCGACAUUCCUUACUAAAGAUGAGUCACAAUGGCCGAUUCUUAAUAAUAAUACGUUUGUCCAAUUACCGGAAAUAAAGUCAAACCCGUCCACAAUUGACGAACCUAUAAUUAGCUUCGAAAGGUAUUCUAAACUAAACAAACUCCAACAUUGUUUUGCCUAUGUCAAAAGGUUUAUUUACAAUUUAAAAAAUCCAAACAAUAAACGUUUAGGUAAUUUAUCGCUUAACGAAUUAAAAGAAUCAUUUCAUUCACUUUGUAUUUUAGCCCAAAAACAAUCGCUUCCUAACGAAUAUAAUGUACUAUUGAAUAAUAAACCAUUAAACUCAAAAUCUAAAAUAUGUUCUUUAUCGCCAUUUCUAGACAAUGACCGCUUAAUUAGAGUAGGUGGUAGAAUCGAGGCGUCAAAUUAUAGCUACGAAAAGAAACAUCCGAUUUUACUACUUGCAUCGCAUCAUUUAACUAAACUUUACUUUGAAAGGGAACAUUUACGUACUAUGCACGCCGGCCCGCAAUUGUUAUUGUCCGAGGUCAGAGAAGCCGUGUGGCCGGUUAACGGUAGGCAUCUUGCGAGGCGAACAGUAAACAAGUGCGUGCGCUGUAGGCGAGUAGUAGGUAGAACGCUCUGUCCAAUGAUGGGUAACCUACCAUCACAGCGAAUUACACCAAACUUUCCAUUCUUGUCCGUCGGCUUGGACUUUGCCGGACCAUUUUAUAUAAUUAAUCGUAAAGGGCGUGGUAGUAAAGUAAUAAAAUGUUACUUGUGUCUAUUUAUAUGUUUACGUUAUAAAUGUUUACAUCUAGAAGCCGUGAGCGACUUAACAAAAGAAGCGUUUAUCAUGACUUUACGACGUUUUAUAUCUCGCAGAGGAAAGCCAGCGGAAAUAUUCUGCGAUAACGGACGUAAUUUUGUGGCUGCUGCCAAAGAAAUAAAUUCAUUUUUUAAACUAAAUUUUGACCCGUUAUCUCAGUUUGCAAACGAAGAAGGUAUACAAUUCAUUUUUACUCCGACUUACGCUCCUCACUUUGGUGGCAUCUGGGAAGCCGGUGUCAAGUCAGCCAAAUACCACAUAAAGCGUGUGAUGGGCAACAGCCACCUCACGUUUGAGGAAAUCACAACUCUAUUUGCACAAGUGGAGGCGAUACUCAACAGUCGUCCCUUGUGCCCUUUAUCCACUUCUCCUGAUGACCUCCUCUCCCUCUCUCCAGGACACUUUCUCGUUGGGAGACCACUCGCCGCGCUGCCGUCACCUGCGCUAGAAGACGUCAAAGAAAACGGACUGAAGCGAUACGCACGGCUCGAGCAAAUCCGUCAAAUAUUUUGGCAGAGGUGGCAAAAGGAAUACAUCUCGGAGCUGCAACAGCGUACCAAAUGGAAGACCAAUACUACCAAACUUAAUGUGGGCGACCUGGUCUUGUUACAAGAAGAUCACGUGCCGCCGCUCAGCUGGCGCCUUGGAAGAGUCGCUCGAUUAUUCCCGGGACCAGACGGAAUAUCCAGGGUUGCUGACAUCAAGAUUACAAGAGGAUGUGUACGCCGUCCUCUCGUGCGGCUGUGUCCUCUCCCAGCAGCUGAAGAUUUUAACAGUUGAAAGGCAAGCUUUCAACGAGGCGGGAAGAUGUUCCGGCUUAAGCGCCUACGAGUAUUUUAAUAGCAAGCAUUUUACUUUGCCCAUGCUAUAAUUGUUUUGUCAGGCGUUUCAUUUUUAUUAUGUUUGUGCAACUACCUCAAUAAUCUCUCUCUUACUUCAUCAUUCGGCCAAGCAAGACGCGUCCAACGCAAGAAAUUGUAAAUAAAAUCAAAAUAAAAGAAAUUACACAAAACAACUGGAUUUAUCUUAAGAUCCCAUUAUGUCU